UAGUAGACUAGUAGUACACAACUACAAAGAUAUAGCUCAGCAAAGCAGUGUAAGUUAAAUCUUUCAUUAUUAUUUAAAAUCAAUGGUGGUGGGUGCUCCUUAAGAUAAAGACUUGACCCUAUUUCACAUCCUUUCAAUUUCUUCCUCUUAUUCAUCUUUCAUUUCUUCCCAUUUUAUUCCUUCUCAUCUUUAGCCAUUUUUGUAGAAGAGAGAAAAAAAAAAAAAUGGGGAAUUGCCAAGCAGUAGAUGCAGCAGCAUUGGUGAUACAACACCCAAGUGGGAAAGUAGAAAGGAUGUAUUGGUCUAUUAGUGCUAAUGAAGUAAUGAAAAUGAACCCUGGUCACUAUGUAUCAUUGAUCAUCCCAAUCCCUCUUUCAGACGACGAAGCCGGUGCCACAGCCGGCAAGAAGAAGACGGUCCGGUAUACUCGAGUUAAGCUGCUCCGACCCACGGAUACUCUUGUCCUGGGUCGAGCUUAUCGACUCGUUACUUCACAAGAGGUUAAGAAAGUGCUGAUGGCAAAAAAGCUGGCAAAAGCUCAGAUGAAUGAAAAGAAGUCAGGAAGUGAAAAGCUACAAACAAGUGAGGGAAAGGAAAGAGAAGAAAAAAGACAAGAAUCUGAGGAAAAUGAUCAGGGAUCAGACCAUGAAAGAAAGAGAUUAACAUCAAGAUCCAUGAAUUCGAGAUCGAAGACAUGGAGGCCAUCGUUACAGAGCAUCUCUGAGGCAACAAAUUAACAUCUAAAGGAGUUGAAAGAGUUCAAUAUGAAGCUAACAUAGCUUUUUCUAUCCUUCAGAAAAAAAUGAUUUUGAAGACUUUCCAGAAAAGGAAGGCACAUUAACAAGCAAAAGGAAAAAGAGAAAAGGGUACACUUGGAGAAAAAGAAUUGAGUAUCAAUCUUUCUCCAAAUCCACUUUUGAUGCACCCAAAUGCCCAAUUUCUAUGUAUAAAUGGCAAAAGAGGAAGAAAAAAGGCUGACUGUAAAUCUGAAAAAGUUGUGUGCACAUGUAAGUGACAAAGUUCUGUAAUCUGUGAUGAAACAAAAUUGUCCUUCAGAAAAAUGAUAACUUGUGCAUUUUACUUCAAAAGAUCAUUCUCUGUUAUAAUAAACUCGGUUAAGAAAUUAUUCCA